CCCUCGCUUUCCUCACCACCUUUUCUUUAAUUUUUUUCUCGAAUUUUUCCGCUCACUAAAAUAAGAAUUUUUUCUUAUAUUUUCCUUUGCAUUUUCAACAAGAAAUCAUACGCAACUGCAGUCUCAACGUAACGUAACUAUUCUAUACUGCAGAAUCGAAGGCUUUGAAUUUCAAGAAAAUUUAUACAGAGAAGCUAGCUAGCGUUGAUUUAUUUUUUCUUUUUUUUUUCCACUGAAAUUUGUUGGUAAUAUAUAAGAGGAUCUGGAAUGCCGCCGGCUGCCGGCGUAGUGACACCCGGCGAUCGGAUACCGGGGAAGCCGAUGGGGGCGCCACAACUUCAGCCUCUCGUGACCGCAGCUGCAUCGGAGGCGUUCGCGAAGGAUGCCAUAAUCGCGUGGUUUCGCGGGGAGUUCGCAGCAGCGAACGCCAUCAUAGAUGCGCUCUGCAAUCACCUGUCGCAGCUGGAGGGGGGUGGCGGAGGAGGAGCAGCGGCGUACGAAUCGGCCUUCGCGGCAAUUCAUCGGCGUAGAUUGAACUGGAUCCCAAUUCUUCAGAUGCAAAAGUAUUAUCCCAUAGCUGAUAUCACGCUGGAGCUAAAGAAAGUAGCGGAGAAGAAAAGAGAGGAAAGCGAUGUGGACGCGAAGAAGAUUCAGGAGUUGGGGAAUAUUGGCUGUACAUCGGCGAUUACUGAGGAAGACAAAGAAAGUGAAAAGGAGAAGAAUAUAGAAAGUUCGGAAGAGAGUAAUGAUAAUGGCGGAGGUGAACUGGUGGAUGAAGACGGCGACGGUAAGGUGGUGGAUGAAUCACUGCAAAGUGAAAUUACGGAUUCAGGAUCUCAAGAAGUACAGGUCUUUCCGGAGCAUGUUGACAUAUGUUCCAACCAUGAACAAUGUGAGGCACGCCGUACACAGAUCAAAAUGACAAAAGGGUUUGUAGCAAAGGAGCCAGUAAAAGGGCAUAUGGUGAAUGUUGUUAGAGGUCUUAAGCUGUAUGAAGACAUAUUCACUGAUGUUGAGCUCUCUAAACUGAAUGACUUUGUGAAUGAACUCAAAGUGGCUGGUCGAAAUGGUGAACUCUCAGGAGAGACCUUUAUUCUAUACAAUCAACAGAUGAAAGGAAACAAGAGAGAGUUGAUUCAGCUUGGGGUUCCCAUUUUUGGGCAGAUAAAAGAAGAUGCAUCAAAUAAAUUCCAAAAGAGCCACAUUGAGCCAAUCCCAGCUCUUCUCCAAGGUGUAAUCAACCACUUAACUCAGUGGCAUUUGAUUCCAGAAACUAGAAAGCCAAACAGCUGCAUCAUCAACUUCUUUGAUGAGGGUGAGUAUUCUCAGCCUUUUCUGAAACCACCUCACUUGGAUCAGCCUCUUGCUACCCUCCUCCUCUCUCAAUCAACAAUGGCUUUUGGUCGCGCUCUGGUGAGUGAUAGUGAAGGGAAUUAUAGAGGACCUCUCACACUUCCUCUACGGGAAGGGUCCCUUUUAGUCAUGAGGGGAAAUAGUUCAGACACAGCAAGGCAUGCUAUGUGUUCCUCGGAAAACAAGAGGGCGAGCAUUACUUUCUUCAGAGUCCGGAUAGAGACAGAAACUAAUCUAUCAGAGAUAACCACUCCUUUGUCUAAAUCAAUGACCUUAUGGCAAUCUGGUGUCGCAAAUCCAUACACAAUUCCAAAUAACUAUGAGCCCAUGAAUAUGAUCCCCAAAUGGGGUCUGCUCCGGUCUCCAGUUGUAAUGUUUACUCCAGUGAGUCCAGCGACUGUGAGCCCCAGAAGGACUCCACAUGGUGGCACCGGCGUUUUCUUACCAUGGACAGUUGGAUCACGAAGACCUGCAAAGCAUCUUCCACCACGGGCCCAGAGACGAAAAUUUCUUGCUCUGCCUUCCCCCGUUGACACACAUAAAUUUGAGGUGAUCUCUGAUUCAGGGGUCAGUAGCCCUUAAGAGGCAAGUGCUGCUGCUCUCAUGCUCCGAAGAAGAGGUUUUUUGCGAAUUAGGCCUAGCCCAGAAGUAGUUGGAGCUUCAGGCUCAAAUCCACGUGGUUUAGUCCUAAUAGAGGGUCGAAAACUGUAUUAUUUUUUUUUCUGUUUCCAGUAUGGUAUUUCUUUUUCCCCCAGAUUCCAAAUAUGGUUCUUCCCUUUUCUCUUUAAGAAGCAAUUUUAUUAAA